AUACUCUUUUUCACAAACACAGAACGUAAAACAUAUUUUUUUUAACAGAAAGGAAGCAACUUCUUCUUGUUGUUGUAGCUGAUCUUUUUGCUUGCUAGUUAGACUGAGAAAUGGCCAAGAAUGUGGGAAUUCUUGCUAUGGAAAUCUACUUCCCUCCUACCUGUGUUCAACAGGAAGCAUUGGAGGCUCAUGAUGGGGCUAGCAAAGGAAAAUACACCAUUGGACUGGGACAAGAUUGCAUGGCCUUCUGCACUGAAGUGGAAGAUGUUAUCUCAAUGAGUUUGACAGCUGUUACUUCACUCCUUGAAAAGUAUAAGAUUGACCCCAAACAAAUCGGCCGUCUUGAAGUUGGUAGUGAGACCGUGAUAGACAAAAGCAAGUCCAUUAAGACGUUCUUGAUGCAAAUCUUUGAGAAAUCUGGAAACACUGACAUUGAAGGGGUCGACUCAAGUAAUGCAUGCUAUGGAGGGACUGCAGCUCUCUUCAAUUGUGUCAAUUGGGUGGAAAGUAGUUCAUGGGAUGGACGAUAUGGUCUUGUUGUUUGUACCGACAGUGCGAUCUAUGCAGAAGGACCUGCUCGGCCUACCGGAGGAGCAGCUGCAAUUGCCAUGCUAAUAGGACCUGAUGCUCCUAUUGCUUUUGAAAGCAAAUUUAGGGGUAGCCAUAUGUCCCAUGUCUACGACUUUUACAAGCCCGACCUUGCUAGUGAAUAUCCGGUUGUUGACGGGAAACUUUCUCAAACAUACUAUCUCAUGGCCCUUGAUACUUGCUACAAAUAUUUCUGUCACAAGUAUGAGAAACUAGAGGGCAAACAAUUUUCCCUUUCUGAUGCCGACUACAUUGUAUUCCAUUCUCCGUAUAACAAGCUUGUGCAGAAAAGCUUUGCUCGUUUAGUGUUCAACGACUUCACGAGGAAUGUCAGCUCUGUUGAUGACUUUACUAAAGAAAAGCUGGGUCCUUUUUCAACUUUGACCGGUGAUGAAAGCUACCAAAGCCGGGAUCUUGAAAAGGUAUCCCAACAAGUUUCUAAGGCCCUUUACGAUGCCAAGGUGCAACCAACAACCUUGAUACCGAAGCAAGUCGGAAACAUGUAUACUGCAUCUCUUUAUGCUGCCUUUGCAUCCCUUAUUCACAACAAAAACAGUGAACUGGCGGGAAAGCGGGUGAUAUUAUUCUCCUACGGAAGUGGUUUGACUUCCACAAUGUUUUCAUCGCGACUUCAAGAAGGUCAACAUCCAUUUAGCCUAUCUAAUAUCGCAACAGUGAUGAAUGUCGCUGGGAAAUUGAAGUCGAGGCAUGAGUUUUCACCUGAGAAGUUCGUUGAGACUAUGAAGCUGAUGGAGCACAGAUAUGGAGCCAAGGAUUAUGUGACAAGCAAAGAUUGUAGCCUUUUGCCUCCGGGAACAUACUACCUGACAGAAGUCGAUUCCAUGUACCGGAGAUUUUAUGCAAAGAAGGAUGAGGAUUGUUCUGCUUGUGAGAACGGUGCCAUUGCCAACGGUCACUGAAGAAGAGAUCCAUCAUCCCAGAUGCCAUGAAGGAAGCUUUGUGUUAGAUGAGAAACACAAGAACCGAGUUCAACGUGUGAUGUUAAAGACAAAAAA